GUCCAGGACCUGGUUGCUCCAAACAACCAUACCACUACGCGGCGGUAAGUACUGUUUUGAAAUAAUUCGCAGCCUUUGAAUCAACGAGUAAGCGGAGUCAAUUGCCGGAGAGUGUAAGGAAACGUGGCCUUAACAAAACGACAACCCUGCUUAAAUGAGAAACAAGCAGUGUUGUAUACACAGAAAAUAACGUAAACGUGUCGGUUGGAUUGGUGGAAAAACAAGCAAACAUGGCCGAUAUUGACCAGGCAUCGGUCAUACCCAACGAAACUUCUCCUCCGGCUUUGGAAGGCCUGAAUGCAACUGACCCAAAUGUUACGGAGGCUGUCAACGCGACUGUGGCCAAGUUUGUGGCAACACCGGAGGGAACGGCACUGGCAUAUGGCAGCCUUGUAUUUAUGGCUCUCUUGCCCAUAUUUUUCGGUGCGCUGCGGUCAGUGAGCUGCGGCAAAAGCAAGGUGGCUGGAGAAAAUGGUUGCGAUUAUGAGUACAGAAACUCGUCGGACAUGCCAGAGACGAUCACAGGCAGAGAUGCUGCACGGUUCCCCAUUAUCGCCAGCUGCACACUCUUCGGCCUUUAUCUCUUCUUCAAAGAGUACAUGCAUGAAGGGAAACCAUCUCUACUGCACUCAACAUUUCUGAACUGGUGCACACAGCUCCUCAGAAUGAGGCAGUUACUCCUCUUUCAGCAUGACAAUAACACAAAGCACACUUCUGGAGUGAUUUUCUCACAGGAGUACAUCAACUUGCUGCUCUCAAUGUAUUUCUUUGUCCUGGGGAUUUUGGCGUUGUCCCAUACAAUGAGUCCUUUCAUGAACAGGAUUUUCCCUGCUAACAUUCCUAUCAAGCAGUAUCAGCUGCUUUUUACUCAGGGCUCAGGAGAGGCCAAAGAAGAAAUUGUCAACUACGAGUUUGACACCAAGGACUUGAUUUGUCUGGUCAUCAGCACUGUGGUUGGGGUCUGGUAUAUCCUAAAGAAGCAUUGGAUUGCCAAUAACCUUUUUGGUCUGGCUUUUGCCCUGAACGGGGUGGAGCUUCUGCAUCUAAACAACGUCAGUACUGGCUGCAUUCUGCUGGGCGGGCUGUUUGUGUAUGACGUUUUCUGGGUUUUUGGCACCAAUGUCAUGGUUACUGUGGCCAAGUCAUUCGAGGCACCCAUUAAGUUGGUGUUUCCCCAGGAUCUGUUGGAGAAGGGUCUUGGUGCCAGUCAGUUUGCCAUGCUGGGUCUAGGAGACAUUGUAAUUCCGGGUAUCUUCAUUGCUUUACUCCUCCGCUUUGAUGUCAGUCUGAAGAAGGAGACCAGGACCUACUUCUACACUAGCUUCCUGGCCUACAUCUUUGGCCUGGGCAUGACCAUAUGGGUCAUGCACACCUUCAAACAUGCCCAGCCUGCCCUGCUUUACCUGGUCCCAGCCUGUAUUGGGUUCCCUGUGGUCGUAGCCCUGUUGAAAGGAGAACUGACCGAGAUGUUCAGGUAUGAGGAAGUCUCUCCGGAAAAUCCUGCAGUGAAAGAAAAGGCCACAGAGGCUGAGAAAAAGGACAAGUAACGACUAGGAGGUCUCACAAGCCCUGCCCAUCACUUGCUGUCACCCCAUUUCACAGCAGCCAACCUCAGUACCCAUUCUGGGAGUGUGUUCAUGUCCUGCUCUACAUGGAAAUGGCUGAUUUAUUAAAUAAUUGUUUUGACAUUUGUUACAGAAUAUGUGCAACAGCUUAUCUGGUGCCUGUUUUCCUUUUUAUGUUUUCCUUUCAUCCUGUUUGCCUUGUGCAUUCUCAUGACAUUUAAAUUUUUUAUUUAAAAGGCCAGAAAUAUUGACCAUGUCUGUAAACCAUCUGAAUUAUUUAUGUCUCUUCAAAGUCUGGUCUUGGUUUGAUUUUCAAAGGCCUUUUCCAUUUAAAAUGUGAAGCAUAAUGGGAUGGUGUAAGGGAUGCUGGCUAUGACUCUAGUAUUGUGCCAUAAACAUGCUUUACAUGAAAGUUCACAUUUGACAAUUGUUACUUAUAUUAAUGGAACCAGGAUCUCCAUGGUUCUUGGUACUGUGGUGGUGGAAGACAUUAGAAUGUCCCAGGGUACCGUUGUUAAGCAUCCUGGCAUUAAGGAAGUAACUGAACUUGGGCAAUCAAUCAGAUCUAGAUGUUUUUUGGAGGUGACCAAAUGGACCAAAUUAUUCCUCUGAUUGCUUUAGAUUGAGGGUUUUACUUUGAUAAAUGUAGUUAUAAUAGGUGUGUAAGUUCUGGCCUUUUACAGAAUGUAUCAGUGGGUUUAAAAUUCUGACAAGCUUUUUUCAUGUUAUUGCUCUAAAAUAGAUUGAACAUUUUUGUAAAAAUGUGUUUUGCUAAAGAUUAUGUUCAUGCUUGGUCUGAUGUAGCCCUAUCAUUUUAAAGCAUCUCUCUUUUCUCCCAUGUUUUACUUGUGAAAGUCAAAGUUUAUGAGCCUUUGUUCAGAAGGCAAUAUUUUAUUUUCAAUAAAUGUGGGUGUUUAUCACCAUAGUAGAGAA